AUGAAACUUGACGAGAAUGAAUCCAGUUACUCAAACCUGGCAAAGUCCUUCUCAUUACCGUUCCCAUAUCCUAGUGAUAAAAAACCAGUAGAAAGAUUUGCAAUUGACAAAAAUGGUUCGUUCACUUUCAUGGGAAGAAAGGAAUUCAAGAACAUUCUAGAAAAAAUAAACGAACUUAAAUAUGAUACUGGAUUUAUGAAACUAUUUGUUUACGGAACUGUUGGACAUGUAGUAUAUCUUUCUGACUGUCACCAACUGGCUGUGGACCUAGAAGAUUAUAUCAAGUCUGCCUUAUUUCUUACCUACUAUGAUAGUGAUAUGAAUACUUUGGAUGAAAAAGAUGAUACUGGAAUUAACUUAGAAAGAAAGGAAGAAAUUAGAUAUAAGCUUGAUAAGAUGACUAAUUACCAUUAUUAUAUAAUGAGUUCUUCAGCAAACAAUAAAUCAAAGUUAUAUCUUUUUAAAAAACAGACUAACGAAUUGAAGAUCAAGCUAUUUGGAGGCUUCAAUGAGAAACAGUAUAGCAACAAUUUGCUGACAAUGAAUAAUCAGCAAAAGGAACAAAUUCAAGACAUUACUAGCAAAAUUCCACUAUUAUUAAGCUUUUUGCAAAAAUCCAAUCAUGAGAAUUUUGAAA